UUUUUUUUUCUCAAUCGUUAUUUUCACCAGAUCAAUUAGUCUAUCGAGUACGCUUUCCACCAAUCUAAGAGGACUCGAAAGAGACCGUUGCAAAUCAAUUGCUCUGUACGGCCGCCGGAGGACGAUACAAUCGACAAUCAUUUCGGUGCUCCGAGAUCGCCGUGCGUGCUGUAGCAGGCUACCCGAAUAUGGGGCACAGAAGGCGUUUGAUACUGGCAAUUUUUAUUGUUUUUCUAUUCGCUUUCUCUUCUGGAAGAGAGCUUAAGGUCACACACAAGCAUAUAGAUCAUCGCCCCAUUUACAAUCACACUCUUGCAACAAUAUUGGUGGAAUAUGCUUCUGCUGUAUAUAUGUCAGAUUUGACAGAACUAUUUACUUGGACAUGCUCAAGAUGUAAUGAUUUGACUGAGGGAUUUGAGAUUAUAGAGCUGAUUAUUGACAUUCAGCACUGCUUACAGGCAUUUGUUGGUGUGGCAAAGAAUCUUAAUGCUGUAGUUAUUGCAUUUCGAGGAACUCAGGAACACAGCAUACAGAAUUGGGUUGAAGACUUAUUCUGGAAACAGCUUGAUCUAAAUUAUCCUGGCAUGCCUGAUGCAAUGGUGCAUCAUGGAUUUUAUUCUGCUUAUCAUAACACAACAUUACGCCCUGGAAUUCUAAAUGCAGUCAAAAGAGCAAAGGAUUAUUAUGGAGAUCUUGACAUCAUGGUGACAGGGCAUUCAAUGGGAGGGGCUAUGGCUGCCUUUUGUGGACUUGAUCUAACUGUUAACCACAAAGCCAAAAAUGUGAUGGUUAUGACAUUUGGACAGCCUCGUAUUGGAAAUGCAGAUUUUGUAUCUUAUUAUAGCCGACUUGUGCCAAAUACAAUCCGAGUAACAAAUGGCCAUGAUAUUGUGCCUCAUUUGCCUCCAUAUUACAGUUACUUCCCUCAGAAGACGUACCAUCACUUCCCAAGAGAGGUGUGGCUGUAUAACAUUGGAUUAGGAAGUCUGGUCUACAGAGUAGAGAAGGUAUGUGAUGUUACCGGCGAAGAUCCCACUUGCAGCAGGUCAGUAAGCGGGACCAGCAUUUCAGAUCAUUUAAUUUAUUAUGGUAUUGAUUUAAGGGGAAAGGCAUUGAAUUCUUGUGGAAUUGUAAUGGAUUCUCGUGUAAACGAAUAUGGCAGAACAGAUAUCCAAGGAAAUUUUAAAUUGUCUAGAGAUCCUGCUUCACCUAUUCUUAAACUGAAAACAGACGUGAAUGCUGGAGGCAAUCAUGGUUAGAAUAUUAUUUGGGUCGGGGCAAGAUUUUCACGUUGAUUUCUCCCCAACCAAGUUAAUCUUCAUUGUCUCUUUGGCACUUUUCCUUAGGAGGUUUGGAUGGAGAAUGUUGUUGUUCAGGGUAGGGAGGAAACGUGUAUAGAGAAAUUGACUUCUGUACAUUUUAAGCCUUGUUAAUAUCAUAUGAAUACAGAUAACCAUAUUGUUUCAACUAUUUUUAGUGAGAUAUUCCACAUAUACCGUUGUAAGUUCAGAAAAUCUGUGAAUUGUUGGAGUGAUCACUUAUAUGUACUCCUGGACUUGUGGAAACGAUGAGUUAGGUUCUCAAAUUAAUGUAUCUGAUAUAAUUAUGCCCAA